AUGGCCAUCUACACCGAUGCGGCCCCGGGCCUAGCGGGAAGCACGAUCCUUCUGACAGUAUUGGGCCUGUUGACCUUCGGCUUGCGAGUUUACUGCAGAGUGAGUCGCAGGUCAUGGGGAAUGGAGGACUGGAUUAUGACGGUGGCAUUGAUCCCAUUCGCCGUGCUAGUUGCAGGAUGUAUUGGAGGCGCCUUCAAUGGAAUUGGAAUUCACAACUCGACACUUGCACUUCCUGGCAAUGAAAAAUACUCGGCGGAAGGAAAGAAGUACUUCCUCAUUUUCGAAGUCGGCUACUGCUCUGCGAUCAUUCCAAUCAAGCUCAGCAUCAGUUGGAUGUUGAUUCGAGUCGCAGAAGGUCGUAAGAUCUACCUCUAUGUACAAUAUGUUGUUAUGGCUACAUUUGUGGUCAUGAACAUCAUCGCCUUGAUCUUCAUCUUGAUCAACUGCAUUCCAGUCGAAGCUGCCUGGAGCCAGGAGGCCCUCGAUAAUGGAGGCAAAUGCCAGCCGAGCUAUGUCCUCGCCGAUGUGUACUACGCCUGUACAGCUGUGAAUAUCGUCACCGACUGGGUGACUGCUUUCCUCCCGGUGCCUCUCCUUUGGAACGUGCAGAUUAACCGCAACACCAAAAUCUCUAUCGUUGGCCUGAUGGGUCUGGGUAUCUUUGCAUCCCUAUCAGCUUGUAUCCGCCUAAAAUACACCGUCGCACUCACCAACCAAACCGAUUACCUAUACGAUAUCUCCAAUGUUGUGAUCUGGGGAUUUGCAGAAAACGGCCUGGGAAUGAUUGUUGGAAAUAUCGCAACCCUCCGACCUCUGUUCCGCAUUCUCCGCGAUCGCAAGACCUCCGACUAUAAGAACUACCACCAGUCGCCCGGGCUCAGCUCGCAUCGCACUGGAGGUGCCAUGUUCUCACGAAACUAUGAGCUUGCUGAGCACGGAAAGAACGUGACUACCACAUCCGCCAUCGAACACAACCCACGGGGAAGUUUGAGUGAUGGUGACAGCCAAAAGGAUAUCCUUGAUAAUGGUCAAAGACCUGGACAGGCCGAUAUUAUGGUUAGCCGCCAGGUCGUCGUUGCUUAUGACGACUAG